AAAUGAACAACGAUUUAUGGAACCGAUUUGUCAUUUAGAGAUAAAACGAGACGGAUCGUAGCAAAUAAAAAGAAUUCCAUAGCGUAUCGACCUAUGUGGAUUUACCGAAGGUCGUUGCUCCAUCUUUUCUAUGGAUGCUAAUAUAUCUUGCUUUCAUUUCGUUUUCUCCCAUUCAAAUAAGUCAAUAGUCGCUAAGUAAGUCGUAGGGCUAAGGGCCAAGGGACUCAAUACAGUUGUAUUUAAUCAAUACAUUUAGAAAAGGGACGGGUAUUAUCGGUUUUCUGAAAUAAAUGAAAGUGUCCUUAAUCGUAUGCGUUUCAUGUAUCAAGUUGUAUAAAAAUGUUUAUCAAUGUUAAUAUUCCAAUUUACUUUGAUGACAUUAAAACCUAUAUCAAUCGUAAUCUCCGAGACGAAACAGUUUUAGUAAAAGUUUAAUCCGUUAAUCACCCGACGAGGGCGCUGUCAGAUGCCAGAUUUUCCUUUGCGUAUGUAUCACAACAAUUUUCUCUAAUGAACUAUUAUUUUUAGCUUCUAAACUUUUUCAUUUUGCUCAUACAAAAUGAAAAGCUGCUAUUUGAGGGAGUAUGGCGUCUGUUUUACAACGAUGCUGAAUGAAGACGCUUUUGUCGUUUUGUAGAAAUAAGAAGUAACACACACACAAGUAAUAUAAAAAAAAAGAUACUGUGAAAAAACUGUUGUUGCCUAGUUUUUGCCACUUUGUAAAAGACACAUUUGUUAAACACUGAAACUGAUUUUGAACGUUAAGUCAACUGUCAAAUGUGGUCGGCGGAGGGCGGUUAGUUGUCAAUGUCAUUGUCAGUCAGUAAUGUAACCUUUGGGAGUUUGGUAAAAUUUACUAAGUUUUCACAAAAUGAUUAGGAAUAUUUUUCGUACCAGCCGCUGGCUGGUACUAAGGCGGAUCAAUAAUUUUACCCCUGUUUUAUUAAAUCGAUGCGUACCAAUAAAUAUCUGCAAGGCUAGCACCUGUCUUCCGAACAGAACAUUUUUUAGAAAUACAACUAAUAGUUCGCAGACUUCAGAAAUAGUGGAUCCAAUAGUUUAUGAAGAAAUCUGUAACGAAACCUUGGAAUCUUUGUGUGAUUAUUUUGAAGAAAUUGUGGAACAAUCUUCUAAUUUAAAGGGUGCUGAUGUAACAUAUAGUGAUGGAGUGUUGACAGUAGCGCUUGGUUCUGAAUAUGGUACUUAUGUGAUAAAUAGACAAAGCCCGAAUAAGCAAAUCUGGCUUAGCUCUCCUGUAUCUGGUCCUAAACGCUAUGACCUUGUAUUAAAAGACGGAGGUUAUUGGAUAUACAAGCAUGAUGGUGUUACAUUACACAAGUUGUUACAAGAUGAAAUAUCAAGAAUAGUUGUUAAUAAAAUUGAUUUUGGAUCUUGUAGUCACUCUUUUGUUUAAGUUUUUUUUGUUAAGUAUUAAAUAGUUUUGUUGUUA